GUUGAAGACAGGGAGGGGGAGGACGAGGGCUGAGCAGUGAGCAAUAGUUGUGUGGAUGUAGGAUACGGAGUGGGUUCUGCAGCAGAACCAGCUCGCAUGCAAACCGAGGAAGUGUGGGGACACAUGGACGAGGAUGACCGAUUACUUCCAAAUCAUCCAUGAGGAAUUGAUGGCCGGUUUUAUUCCGGUCAGGCCGGUCAGAUACAUCUCAUUUGGGACGACUGAGAGGCUUUGUUUACCUGACUAAUUCGAGCCUGGACAAUUACAAAGUCACAGUGGAGAACUUGACGCCAGCAAUGGUUGUAAUGCUGUCCUCGCUGACCAGAGGAACAGGUGCAGUCAAACUCGGGGAGAUGAAUGUGUUUCUUUCCUACCUCACAAGGAUAGACUGGUUCUACCCGUAACAGACGUCCAGCUGAAGGGACCGGCGAGGAAACAUGCAGCAGUUCGGCUAAAAGGCUGAAAGUUCUGAAAGUGAAAAAAAAAAAAAGUGUGAAAUCGACAUUGAUACCUGCACACAAGGGAAACAUCAGUCUGCGUUGGACGUCUUGCGUGAGUCGGCCUGAUCCUGUGAAGCCACGUGGCCGCCCUGGCUGAGGCAUGAACGUGGGAAGAAGCCAGCAGCACAGCUUCCUGUCCUGUGAAGAAGAAGGCCUGAGACUGACGAGCAUGCCCGCCGUGGGCACCUUCGGCAAUGGAAAGAUCCACACCAGACGUCAAAGACACAGCCGCUUCGUCAGCAAGACGGGCCAGUGCAACAUCCACUUCUCCAACAUGGACGACAAGUCCCAGCGCUACAUAUCCGACAUUUUCACCACGUGCGUGGACAUACGCUGGCGCUACAUGUUCCUGCUCUUCAGCCUGGUGUUUGUGGUGUCCUGGCUGAUGUUCGGCCUGGCCUUCUGGGUCAUCGGCCUCCUGCAUGGCGACAUGGACCAUCUCGCUGGCGACGACAGCUUCGUACCGUGCGUGACGCAGGUCAACACCUUCGUGGCUGCUUUCCUCUUCUCCAUCGAGACCCAGACCACCAUCGGCUACGGCGCACGGUGCGUGACGGAGGAAUGUCCCGCCGCCGUCUUCAUGGUGGUGUUCCAGUCCAUCGUGGGCUGCGUCAUCGACGCCUUCAUGAUCGGCGCCAUCAUGGCAAAGAUGGCGAGGCCCAAAAAACGAGCGCAGACUCUGCUGUUCAGCCACAACGCCGUCAUCGCCAUGCGCGACGGCAAGCUGUGCCUGAUGUUCAGGGUAGCUAACCUUAGAAAAAGCCACAUCGUGGAGGCUCACGUCAGGGCUCAGAUGGUCAAGCCCCGAUACACGGAGGAGGGCGAGUACAUCCCUCUGGAUCAGAUCGACAUGAACGUGGGUUACGACAGAGGCACCGACCGCCUCUUCCUGGUGGCGCCGCUCACCGUCAUCCACGAGAUUGAUGAAGAAAGCCCGCUGUUUGGCAUCAGCAAGCAAGACCUGGAGACGUGUGACUUUGAGAUCGUGAUCAUACUGGAAGGCCUGGUGGAAGCCACCGCCAUGACCACGCAGGCGCGCAGCUCCUACCUGUCGUCAGAGAUCCUCUGGGGUCAGCGUUUUGAGCCGCUCAUCUUCGAGGAGAAGAGCCAGUACAGGAUAGACUACGCCUAUUUCCACAAGACCUUCGAGGUGCCGUCCACGCCGAGGUGCAGCGCCAGAGACAUGGAGGAGAGGAAGUUCCCCACGUCGGGCGCCAACUCCUUCUGCUAUGAGAACGAGCUGGCCUUCAUCAGCAGGGACGAAGAGGAUGAGGAGGAGGCGGACUUUGACAAAGGUGAAGAGAGACAGCGUUCGUCUGAGCGGCUGAACGAGCACGCCGCCAGUGCACGCGAUCAAAAGUCCGGUAAAGAAUCCGAGAUUUAAAACCUGCUGAACCACAAAAAACAGACUCGUGGUAAUUACUCCUGGUAAUUUGGUGCAUGACUGCUAGUUGCUUCGUUUGUUUGCUUGUUUUGUCACCUCUGUCAACCAUGCGCCUUAUUGUUGGAUCGUUUGCAGUCUAACCACAACAUUAGGUACACCAAAUACUCCUCUCAGACCAUUACAGCAAUCCCUCGCCGCUUCGAGCUUCACUCCGUCAGCCUAUGAUUAGUCUAAUAAUAUGCAAAUCUGAAUUUAAGAUAAUCUUGCGUAUAUUCUGCCUAAAUUAAUUUCAAUUUUCAAGCACAAAAUAUCAACAUGAAGUAAAAUGCAAAUGUAAGACAAGUAUUGUAGUAUUCUACACUGCUCACUAGGUGUCAGUAAUGUAAUGUAAUGUAAUGUUAAGGUGAGACACACACGCACCAGACUUGAUUGCCUGUUUGAAUUAUCUCACAGCAGGCUCAAUAAUAACCCCUAAUCCAUAAUCCCGAUUGAACCUAUUAUUAUUUAUGUAUUAAAUGGCAUAUUUUCUCUUGUUAUGUCUACUAUAUUGCGUAAUACAAAUGUAAAAGUGACUAUAGGGGUGUUAUUUUAUGCCUAGAGGUCUCUAAUAAUGUUAAAAAAUUGCAUUUAGAAGUUUGUAAACAGGUUUUCUAUGCUCCAUUUGAAAAUACUGCAUUUAUAUACUGUAUAGGGAAUCCUACUUAGUGGAAAUUCACUCAUCUCAGUCGGCUUUGGCACCAAUUAACCGCGAUAAAUGAGGGAUUACUGUCCAUUGGAUUGUGCAGGUGUACCUAAUGUUGUGGCCAGUUUGUAUAUCAAUGGCCGAUGCAUGACAAGGUAGUGCAUUUUAAUAAGCGGAGGAGCACUUUAUAGUUCUACCUGUUGUUUAGGCAUACGUGUACCGAGAACUGCUUCGUCAUGACAGUCAAUACGUUUCAGCAGACACGGGAGAUACACGUCUGCUUGGCAAAUGUCUCGUGUUCAUAAUCUGUUACUCAAUGACAGAAACAUGGUAGCAGUAUGUUUGGCGCAUUUCAGUCCCUGGAGGUCUUCGUGAAUUAGACACAAAAAAAAAGACUUUGGCUGCAUGAAAUGCACCUUUUCCCACACAGUGCACCCAGCUCGUCUGGAGCCCUCACAUAGCAACAAGACGGCAACGUCCAAUAUGCUGCAAGCAGAGCCCAAAAGGACACUGCAUGAGCAAUGACAGUGAACUAGCAAUUUGCGAGCGGAAGGAUCCCUUUGGGAGUUGCAAUUGACCUUUUCAUGGAAUAUGUUCGCUCCAAAAACACUGCUAGGAUUUAUCUCAAGCAGGACAUGAAGUUGGAUGGAAUGCCUAUCAGCGGUGUGGUGCAUCAAAGGUGACUUACCCGCCCCACUUUGUCCCGGGAGCCCAGUUCUGGUCGGAUUUCGGUGAUGAGGCAGGUAGUUCCGGUUAGUUGGUAGGGUCACCCACCACAGUCAGCACUGUGGAACACAUACACAACAAUGGUAACACGCGGUGAUACCAACAGGGAGAAAAUAGCACUGAGCUAACUGAUGAGGAGCCAUUUUUCCUCUUUUGAAUGCAUAUUGUUUUGAGAAGCCAACUCACCGCGACCUUAUUUAAAAAGCCAACAUCAACAGGUUUUCUAUGUUCCAAGUAUGAAAAUAUUCUAUUUAUUGACAUUAAAUAUCGAAAUUAACACAAUUGAGUCUAGAACUAGUUCUAAAUGCAUAUUUCUUAUGGAAAAAAUUAAUGACGUUAGAGCAGUGGUGUCCAAACUACAGCCCGGGGGCCAUUUGCGGCUUGUUUUUAUUGGCUAACAUUCUAGAAAUGACAUUCAAUUAUAAAAACAACAAAAGCAAAUAUGAAAAAAAAACAAGCAAAGAGGUGUAAAAAUAGGUACUUAAUAAUAUGCUUUGUGGGUCGCACGGUGGACAAAUGGUUAGUAUGUUGGCCACACAGGCAGGAGAUCGGGAAGACGAUUCGAUUCCCUGCUUGGCAUCUCCCCGUGUUUCCUCCCAUAGAAAAAAAAUGUCCUUUUUAGGCGUUUUACAAACCAAAAAGUGUCAAAAUGGCCCCCACACCUUUUAACGUUUCCAUAUGCGGUCUAUAGUUGGACACCCCAUGGUUAGAGCAUGUCUGGGUUUGAGUCGGACCUUCUGGAACCAAUAUAUGACGCUGACCGAGGUUCCACUGUACAUCAAAAUGUACGCUGGAGUCCCGACUUUAAAUAAAAUGUAGAUUUAUCUCACAGAUGCCACAACAAUAAUGUGACUGUAAAGAAAUAUAUGCCCCCCCACCCUUCCAUGUGGGUUUUUGUUGUGGUUUGCCGAGUACGUGUACGGAUGCCCUUUCAGCACAACUGUGCAUUUUGUAUCUUGCUGACUGCUGUUGGAAAUAUCGCAGGUUUUCUCUGGGGAAUGAAUGGUUUUGCCAUUUUCACCACAAGCAGAAUCCGGGACGAGAAGGAGACGACGUGAACAUUAGUCAGGCCUGGACUGUAAAUAAACAUGCUUCUGUUUUUUUGUGCUUGUCCUUUCAUUGUGAGCCACUUCAUUCUCAAUGAGAAUA